AUGAGAAUUCAAUGGCGCUUCAAAGCACAACUCAGUCAGUUGAAUGGACGAGAGAGAGUUUUCGACCCUAAGGAUCAUUGUGUCCGGAUCCCAUAUAGACUUGCAUUCGUGCACCCGUCUACCUCUAAACGAUGCGGUCCGAUGUGUUUGAUUUACGAUUUGAUAUCCCAUGUCCCACAGAGUCUCUGA